UCUUAUCAUGCUAUAUGUGGCAUACACAGGAAUCUUCUUGUAUCUACAAAUAAAAACCACGAAUCCACAACCACGACGGACGAUCGUAUCAUGGAGAAGGCGGCAGGGGAAGAGGAGAUCGCCGGUGAGGAGCGAGAGAAGGCGGCGCCGAGUGCUCCAACCCCGAGGAAGAGGAAGAGGAAGAGGGCAGCCACCACCAUCGAUGGCGGCGCUUCAGUUGCGCGGAUCUGCGACGACGUCGCCGUCAACAUCCUGGCCCGCCUGCCGGCCCGCGCCGCGGUCGCGUGCACGGCGCUCUCGAAGCACCACGGCGGCCUGAUCCGCAGCCCGGAGUUCAGGAGCCUCCACUGCCGCCUCGGCGCGCCGCUGCCCCGCCCGCACAUCGCCUACGUCGCGACGGCGCCCAUAAGGAGGAGGCCCGAGCAGGAGAACCCCGUCAGCGUGUUCCACGGCUUCCACGUCGCCGGCGCCGGGCUCAUCAGCGGCGACGCCCCGAUGCGCGCCCUCACCGGGUGGAGGCACCUCGGGACGCAAUACGUCGGCACGUGCAACGGCGUCGUGCUCCUUGCCAGCGAGGAGUUCGCGGCCCCGUGCAGGUGCACCCUCUGGAACCCGGCUGUCGCCGACGCCGCGAGGGAGGUGACGGUCCCGGAGAGCGAGUGCCUCGUGCUGGGGUGUAACAACCCACAUAAUAAUUACCUUAAUUAGGAUUAAUUGAGAGAUUGAUAUAAUCAUUAGCACUAAUUGUGGAAGCAUCCACACACACAGAGGCCAAGUCGUGCCCAAAUUGGCCACGGCGCACACUCGCGCAAGCUCGCGACGCGCGUCCCCGCCCAUGCCGUCCUUAUCUCGCUCGCAGGCCCAGCUCGCUCCUCUCCCGAAGCCUCUCCAUGCUACCGAGCCGCCCACGCCUCUUUCUCUCCUUCUCGCGCGAGCGCCGAGCCAUGGCCGCCGCCUCCGCCUAGCUCGCCGUGGAGCUCCCUCCUCCGACCUCCCUCGGCCCGAACCGACCCGCCCACAAGCUUCCUCACGCCCCACCAGUGCUCCUCGGCCCGAGCCCGCCCCGAAUCGGCCGCCGAAACCUCGCCGUGGUCGCUCGCCGCCGCCGCCCAGACCACUGCACCGUCGCCGGCCCUUCUUCGACCGUCGCCGGCCCUUCUUCGACCAUCCCCGGCUCCAACUCUUGCUCUAAAUCGGUCGCAGGUGAUGCUCUCAUGCUUUUCCCCCGCUUCCUAUCCGCCGGAAUGGCUCCUCUCGCCGGAAUCGAGAGCCUUAGGCGCCUCCUCUGCUUCCAGCUCGCGAGAGGGACCCCAGAAUCGUAGCCGAGGACGUCGUCUAUGAGUUGGUCGUGAAGUCCAGAACCAGCAAUACAGGACCAGGAAAAAGUUCGUGAAGACCGAGCCCAAGGCCGCAAGUAAUACUAACCUCGCUCAGCAAAAG